UCAACACAAAUCAGCCGCUGUCCCUUUGCCCUCGUAAACAUUUCGGUCUGCGCACUGAAACUCAACCUCGCCGGAAAACACAAUCGGUGAACGCCGCCGCUAAUUGCAGUUUCCGGCAAACUCCGUUUGAAACAAUGAAGGUGAAAGUCAUAUCACGUUCUACAGAUGAGUUCACUAGAGAAAGAAGCCAAGACCUUCAGCGCGUGUUCCGUAAUUACGAUCCCAUUCUUCGUCCUCAAGAGAAAGCACUUGAAUAUCAGCGUGCUCUUAAUGCAGUCAAGUUGGACAAGAUAUUUGCAAGACCUUUUAUUUUAGCAAUGGAUGGACAUGUAGAUGCUGUUUCGUGUAUGGCUAAGAACCCUAGUCAGUUGAAAGAGAUUUUCUCUGGUUCAAUGGAUGGAGAUAUUCGUCUUUGGGAUAUAGCUGCCGGGCGGACCACUUAUCGGUUCCCUGGUCACCGAGGUGCUGUGCGAGGCGUGACAGCAUCUACCGAUGGUCGCAUUCUUGUUUCAUGUGGAACUGAUUCCACUGUCAGACUUUGGAAAAUUCCUGUUUCUUCUUUUAUGGAGUCAGAUUUCUCAAUUAAGACUGUUGAGCCGGCAAGUGUUUAUGCUUGGAAGAAUGCAUUUUGUGCUGCCGAUCACCAGUGGGAUGGUGAACAUUUUGCUACAGGUGGCGCUCAAGUAGAUAUAUGGAACCACAACAGGUCUCAGCCAGUAAACAGUUUUGUAUGGGGAUCCGAUACAGUGCUUUCUGUCCACUUUAGUCCGGCAGAACCAAAUCUAUUGGCAAGCUCAGCUAGUGACAGAAGCAUAAAUCUGUAUGAUUUGCGUAAGGCUACCCCAUUGAGGAAAUUGAUAAUGAUGACCAAAACCAAUUCUAUAGCUUGGAACCCGAUGGAACCCCUUAAUUUUACAGUUGCAAAUGAAGAUGGAUGCUGCUAUAGUUAUGAUCUCAGGAAUUUGGAUAUAGCCAAAUAUGUUCAUAAAGAUCACGUUUCUGCCGUGAUGGAUAUUGACUACUCACCAACUGGUCGAGAGUUUGUUACUGGAUCUUACGAUAGAACAGUGAGAAUCUUCCCUAAUACUGCCGGUCACAGCCGAGAAAUUUAUCAUACUAAAAGAAUGCAAAGAGUAUUCUGUGUCAAGUUCACCGGUGAUGGAAGUUACGUGAUUUCGGGAAGUGACGAUACUAACCUCAGGCUUUGGAAGGCCAAAGCAUCAGAACAACUCGGAGUAAUUCUCCCAAGAGAAAAGAAGAAGCAUGAAUAUCACGAGGCGAUAAAGAAACGCUACGGACACCUUCCUGAAGUUAACCGUAUCGCAAGGCAUAGACACUUGCCAAGACCAGUAUACAAAGCUGCUGCAUUGAUGCGCACUAUGGCGAUUGCUAAGAAAAGAAAGCAUGACAGGAGGAAAGCUCACAGUGCUCCGGGGAGUGUUACAACAAAGCCGUUGCGCGUUAAAAGAAUUGUCAAAGAAGUUGAAUGAGAUUUUUGUGAGACAAUGCAUGCUGAAAAAUGCAAUAGAUAUUUAUGAAAUGGCAGGAGUUUGUAUACUGAUUUGUUAGGAAGAUAGAUGGAUAUGCAGCAGCAUUGGUGAAAAUCAAUUGCUAGUUUUGUGAUGCAAGAAAUUUUGGUGUAUUAUUAUUGAGUUUAGUGUACUUGAUAUUUUUCAGUUCAAAUUAGUAAAAAUGUGAUGAAAUAUGAGACUA